UGUGUUGGCAACCUAUGGUUGCAGCCAGCCAGAAAAACCAAAACAACGACGUUGAGGUCUAUAACACGGAGCUGCAAAAGUAACUGCAGUUAAAACGUAUCGAGGGUUGAUGGUUGAGAUGUUCCAUCACCGGACGACAGGUUUUUCUUACAGAGUAGCAUCGAAGAUCAUAACAUCGUAAUUACUCCGAGGCAUGUUUUCUUAUGGUUCUCUGCGGGCACUGACGCAUCUGGAUUUAGCAGAGCUCCGUGUUGCAGCGUCUGUCCUCUGCAGCGAAUUACAUUUAACUGCGGCUAGCUAGUCGAGCUAGCGGUCAGAUUUCGGCAAAAGGAUAAGUCGACCCAUGCGGUUGCUUGCCCAACAAUACCCAUCGACAAUGUAAAUUAAUAUGCGAUCAAAGAGACGGGAAUUGGCAGUGCCAGAGAUGGCCUCCCCUCUCCCUGUCUCCGUUGUCAUAUUGGUGGUCCUCCUAUCAGCCGAGUCACCUGUGUGCCAGGCAGGGGACUGCAAGGGCCACAGACAGGUGCUGAGGGGACCUCCGGGUUAUGUCACAGAUGGACCCGGAAACUACUCUGUUAAUGGGAACUGCGAGUGGCUUAUCAAAGCUCCCACCAACAGCCAUCGAAUCGUGUUGAAUUUCACCUUUAUGGACACAGAGUGUACCUACGACUACCUGUUCGUGUAUGAUGGUGACUCGUACCAAAGCCCUCUUCUUGCCAGUCUGAGUGGCAACUCUUUGCCUGAACCCAUCGAAGCCAAGUCUGGCAAGAUGCUUAUUCAUCUAUUCAGUGAUGCAAAUUACAACCUCUUGGGCUUCAAUGCAACAUACACCUUCUCUGUAUGUCCUGGAGGAUGUGGAGGCCAUGGGCGCUGUGAUCCCUCUACAUCCAAGUGCCACUGUCAUCAGGGUUGGGGAGGAGCAUCUUGUACAACUGCUCUGUGUUCCCAGGCUUGUUCUUUGAAUGGACAAUGUGACAAGAAAGGGGAACGCUGUCGGUGUAACCCAGGCUUCCUUGGCCACAUCUGUCAACUUGGUCUCCGUGACGAUAACGGGGCAGGACAGUGGUGCCGUGUGAGUGAAGGAAACCCUAACGCACCUCCGAGGACGGGUUCUGCUGGCGUGUACCUCUCCUCAACUGGAGCCAUGUAUUUGUUUGGAGGAUUUGAUCUGAACAGAGCUCUUGGUGACUUGAUCAAGUAUAAUUUCACAUCCAGCCAAUGGGAAAGCAGGUCUUAUGGGCACUCGCCUGCGGCGCGUCACUCCCACACCGCUGUACAGUACAUGGGUAAUAUGGUUAUCUUUGGAGGAGAGCUAGCUAAUGGAUCCUUGGCCAGUGAUGUCUGGAUGUACAGGUCUGUCCAGGAUGACUGGCAACAGCUCAGCUUUUCCCACUCACGUGGUGCUCCUAAACUGGCCAAUCAUGCUGCAGCAGUGGUGGACAGCUAUCUCUAUAUUUUUGGAGGCCGCACCGAGGAGGAUAUGUUUUCCUCGACUCUGUAUCGCUUUGGCUUGCACGGUUCAGGACGAUGGGAAACAGUUCAGCCCACUGGUGGGAAACCACCAGCCUCAGCUGGCCACUCCAUGGUGUUCCACAGCCCAUCUAGGACCCUGUUGGUCUAUGGAGGUCACAGGCCUACUACUGCCAGGUUUAGUGUGCGGGUAAACAACACCGACGUAUUUCACGUAGACAGGCGUUUUUGGACAUCCUUUCGGUCCCGUUUUCCAACAACUGGGCCCAGAGAGAGAGCUUUUCACACCGCCACUGUCAUUGGAAACUACAUGGUGGUCUAUGGUGGAAAUGUACACAUUCAUUACCAGGAAGAGAAAUGCUAUGAUGAGGAAAUCUUUUUUUAUCAUUUGGGCUGCCACCAGUGGGUGUCUUCUGGGGAGAGAUGGUCAUCCAAUGGUGAAGCUGUGAGGGGGCGGUAUUCACAUGUUGCAGCAGUGAUGGAGGGACGUGUGCUGCUUGUUGCUGGCGGUUACAGUGGUGUUGCACGUAGAGAUCUUGUGGCUUACAAAGUACCAUUGUUUGUUAGCAGUGAUCAAGGCGACAGGGAUGCUGUUUGUGCUGAGGCGCUUGAUGAAAGUAUGUGCCUGAAGAACCCAGAAUGCAGCUGGUGUGAAGGCCGAUGUCGAGAGUACCAGCCCACCAACCCGUGUGGCAGCACUGGGUGCUUGGGCCUGGCUCGCUUCCUGUCAGACUGCCAGUCCUGCCUGGUGUUCAGCGGCACUCCGGCAACUCUUGCACGGGCCCCCGGUGAAUUUGGGUGGUGUGUUCAGAACGAGUCCUGCCUGCCAGUUUCAGAGCGAAGUGCGUGCCGUGUGGACCAGAUCUCAGGGGCGUACGGCUGGUGGGGGGAGCGUACCCGUUUCCUAACCUCCCUCCACUCCUGUCGCACCGAGAACUAUGUCCCGGGACUGCACCUGCUCACCUUCCAGCACCCCCGCAACGACUCCCAGCCUGACAAGGUAUCCAUCCUCCGCAGCACCAACAUUAUUCUUAGCCCCACCACAGAAAUGGAUGUGGCCCUACAGUUCAAGGGCUUCAUCCACCCCUUGUGGGGAGGGCCUCCACCUGCACCUCCUCCCACAGAGACCGUCUUCAUAUGGGCUCGGAUCCAGAGGCUCCACUUUGAAGCUCGAAUGGCUUCAGGACCCAACUCCACCCAAAUGGAGGUGGUGGGUCGCUGGGCGGCCCAACAGGAAAAGGAGCUGAAGCUGCUGGUCCGACCAGAUGGAAGUCGACUCUUUUCCAACCUGACCAGGGGGAACCAUUACCUUGUUCAAGCUGAAGGCUACCUUAACAACUCGGGCUCAGGACAAACAAGUGAAAUGGCCCUGAUCUGGAACAGAACAUUGCCUGGAGGGAGUGAGAUCUCUUUCCUGUUCCUGGAGCCCUACCGCUCGGGUUCCUGCUCAAGUUACAUGUCUUGUCUGGCAUGCCUGUCUGACCAGUCGUGUGGCUGGUGUCCAUCUCUGUCCCGCUGCCUGUUGCGAGACGGCCCAGGCCUGGAAAACUGUCCUGAGACAGAAGUGGUUGAAUCCAAAGGAGACGGUCAGCGCCAUCUGCUGUUGGCACCACAGCACUGUACUCUGUGUGAGGAGUACAGAGAUUGCUCUGCAUGUACUCAGGACCCUUAUUGUGAGUGGCAGAUAAACUCCAGCAAGAAAGGUGACUUUCAGUGCAGUCGCCGGGGAAGAUUGGAAGGAUCCAUCCGUGACCCGAAGGGGUGUCCUAAAGUCUGCAACCAGAGGAGGACAUGCAGUGAGUGCCUCUCCAACUCCAGUCAGUGUGCAUGGUGUGAAUCUGCCCAGGCCUGCUUCUAUUUUGCUGCUUAUCUCACAAAGUAUCCCUACGGAGAGUGCAGGGACUGGUAUGACAGUGUCCAUUCAGUUCCUCAGUGUAAGCAAUGUUCAGCUUUGAACACAUGUACAGAUUGCCUGAGAACAUUUCAGUGUGGCUGGUGUGGUGAUUACAACAAUCCCACAAUUGGAAAGUGUUUGAGGGGAGACUGGGCAGGAAUAGAUGAUCCGUCUGUAUAUAACUGCAGUGUUGCUGUGGCUGAAGCUCGGGCUGCAAAUCCUGAACCUCAAACCUCAGCCCCACCCAGACCUUUGGAAAUGGAAUUGGACUUGGAGAUCUUCGACGACGAGGAGAAAGAUGCAGUCUGGUCUUACCCCACAUGUCCUGACGUGGAGGAAUGCAGGCUAGGCCUCCACAACUGUCACCCUUUCGCCACUUGUAUCAACACUCCCACCUCAUAUGAGUGCCACUGUGAGAGAGGAUACACAGGCGAUGGAACGCUGCACUGCAACCAGACUUGUUAUAACGAAUGCCGUGAGGGCCAGUGUAGCGGCAGCCCGCGGUUUGAGUGUGAAUGUUCCCUGGGCUGGACAUCCGACCCCGCCACUCUGGUUCUGAGUGGUGUUGAAUGUGACGUAGACUGUGGCUGCAACUUCCACUCCACCUGUAUCACUGCCCCUGGGAUCUGUGAUGAAUGCCAGGAUUGGACUACAGGACCUCACUGUGAACACUGCCGUCCAGGUAGCUUCGGUUCCGCCCUGGCUGGAGGUGGCGGCUGUAUCCCUUGUGAGUGUAAUGGGCAUGGUGACCCGCUCCAAGGUUACUGUCACAACCAAACAGGCCAGUGCUACUGCACUCACAACACACAGGGACCACACUGUGAGUCCUGCCUUCCUGGUUACUAUGGAGACCCUAGAAACAACGGCACAUGUUACCGCCAGUGCCAAGGCCGCUCCGUCCUGCUCUCCUCCACCUCCUCCUCAACCAUGCCCUUGUCAUCUUCUUUGGGAUGGAGGAGUGGCACAGAGGGGAAAGGAGGACUUUCUCACUGUCUUUGGGUCUUGUCUGUCACUGAGAAGCUUGGACCUUGCAAGCCCAAACAGCUCUGCCCCACUGUUGCUCUCACAUUACACCCAGACUCCCACACUUACUGUAAAAGCUCUUAUGUUUACGUGUUUGAUGGCCUUCCUCGUUUCCUGGCCAGUGGAGUCGUACAUUCUGAUCACAACCUUAUUGGAGCGUUUUGUGGCACAACAAGGACUCAGCCAAUCACGGUUGAGGCCACUUCAGGUGUGAUCUCAGUCUACUUUGAAGCUAACGUCUCUUCAAAUAAACCGCAAGGCUUUAAUGCGUCUUUCUGGGUGCGUCGGUGUCAGCAGAGCUCUGAUGAGGAUGAAGAGGGGUCAGCUGUUUGUGCAGGUGGAGCCCAGUGUCAGAGUGGCCUCUGCCAGUGUCCUCAGGGAUAUGGGGGAGCGUACUGUGACCGACCCAUGUGCCCCCAGGAUUGUGGAGCAGCAGAAGGAAGAGGAGUUUGUAAUAUUUCCCUGGGAGUUUGUGUGUGUUCUGAAAGCUGGGCCGGCUCAGACUGCUCAGUUCUUUGGGACCCCAACAGCUUGAUUUGGGAGACUCUGUUGGACACACAACUGACAAUGAAACAGGCUCAUAGGUUCCUCCACAGGAUGGGGCACACUCUGGUGUCUGGACCUCAGGGCAACCUUUGGAUGUAUGCAGGCCUUUCUUUGUCAGAUGGCAUUCUUGGAAAUGUGUACAGAUAUUCUGUGUUGGAGCGUCGUUGGACCCAAAUGUUGACAAGUUCUGCAGAUGAAGGGGCAUCUCCCAGCGCUCGUUAUCACCACUCCGCUGCAGUGCUAAACACAUAUGAGCUGGAAUCUGGAAGCCACGACGGUGGUCACAGCUUUAUGUUAGUGGUAGGCGGUAUCACUCAAAAUGGUGUUGCCAUGGAUACCUGGAGUCUCAAUCUCAGCAGCUUGGUCUGGAGAGAACACAAGAGCACAGUGCUGCCCCCGGUGGCCGGACACACUUUAACCGUACGCCGGGACUCCUCAGUGCUACUGAUUGGAGGUUACUCCCCGGAAAACGGCUUCAACCAUCAUCUGUUGGAGUUCACACCUCAUUCAGGGAACUGGACAAUUAUCCCCCAAACGGGAACACCACCUACAGGAUUAUAUGGCCACUCAGCAGUAUACCAUGAACAGACUGAUGCCAUCUAUGUGUUUGGAGGCUAUCGCUUUCAUGUGGAGACAGUGGAGCCAUCGGGUGAGCUUUAUGGCCUGUAUUACCCCAACCUUACCUGGUCUCUCCUGGUUCCCUCACAGGGUAAAAAGCCCCUGUCCCGUUUCUUUCACGCUGCUGCUCUGAUCAAAGACACCAUGGUCAUUGUGGGUGGUAGGACAGAAGCAGAAGACUACAGUAAUUCUGUGUCUCUGUACCAGAUCAACUGCAACACCUGGAUACAGCCUGAUUCAGCCAUAGGAGAUCCAGUCAAUCGCUCAGUGUCUCUUGCGAUGACAAGCUGGGGUGGUCGCCUUUUCCUGUCAGGUGGCUUUAAUGGCGUCACACUGGGUAGACUUCUAACUCUGACUGUGCCCUCUGACCCUUGUGCCCUCCUGCCCACACCAGAGGCCUGCAACACCACCACAGGUAGCUGUGUGUGGUGUAGGGGUACCUGUGCUUCUUCUGAUUCUGCAGAGAGAGUGGGCUGCCUCUUGGGUCAUUCCACUUGCUCUCCGACUCCUCUUCAACCAGAUCAGUGCCGCAGACUUAAGACCUGCAGCGAAUGCCUUGCUCGGCACCCUAAAACCUUCUCCAGUCCAUCUCAGCCUGCUUUACAGUGCAAGUGGUGCACAAACUGUCCAGAAGGGGCUUGUAUCAGUAGCUCUGUUAGUUGUUUAUCAGAACAUGACUGUCGGAUCAACCAGAGAGAGAUUUUCCUGUCCAGCAACUGCACUGAGACCAGCUGCGAGGCUUCAGACUGCCCCAAGUGUACUGCUUCUGGAAAAUGCAUGUGGACUCGCCAGUUCAAACGUACAGGUGAAACACGGAGAAUCCUAAGUGUGAACCCCACUUAUGACUGGACGUGUUUUAGCUACGCGCUGCUCAACGUCUCACCCAUGCAGGUGGAGUCAUCUCCCCCUCUCCCGUGUCCUCCUCCAUGUCACACUCUGCACAACUGCAGCCUGUGUCUGGGCUCCCGAGGCUCAGAUGGAGGCUGGCAGCACUGUGUGUGGAGUUUGGCUCUGCAGCAGUGCAUGAGUCCAUCUUUUGUGCCCCUUUGUUGUGAAGCGGGCCAGUGUGGCCGGCUUCUCUCUGGAGGAGACUCCUGCUCUCCAAAUUGCUCCCAGCUCACCCAAUGCUCCCAGUGCAUUGCGAGGCCUCAGUGUGGCUGGUGUGCUACUGGGGGAGGCAAUGGAGCUGGGCGAUGCUUACAAGGGGGAGUUGAUGGCGUGAGUGAAGGUGUUUGUCCUGUGAGAAACAGUAGCUGGUCUUUCCUGCAUUGUCCAGAGGAGGAUGAGUGUGCCAACGGUCAUCACCAUUGCAACAGCACUCAGGAUUGCCACGACUUACCUGAGGGGUACCACUGCACAUGCAAGCAGGGUUACAUACUUAACAGUAUUUCUGGUCAGUGUGAGCCAGUGUGUGCACAAGGCUGCGUUAACGGGACAUGCAUGUCCCCAGGAGUUUGCCAGUGUCACUUUGGCUUUGUUGGGGACAACUGUUCCUCUGAGUGCAAAUGCAACAAACACAGCAACUGCGCCAGCAUUGACAAACCUGAUCUUUGUCUGGAGUGCCGCAAUAACACCAAAGGUAAACACUGUGAGAAGUGCAAGCCUUUGUUUGUGGGCUCUGCAAUAGAUGGGGGCACCUGUCGUCCGUGUCGGGACUUCUGCAGGGGAAACGGCAUGGUGUGUCUGUCCCGCGAUGAAUAUAAUAAGGCCAUUGAGAACCCUCAUCUCUUUCCUGUAGACUCCAUAGUUAUUCAGGCCUGGGUGUCUGAAGGUCCUACAGAAAAUACUGCGGUGUGUGUCAAUUGCCAAAACAACAGUGUUGGGGACAAGUGUGAGGGCUGCCGUCGUGGCUAUUUCUUACUGAAUGGGAAGUGUGAAAAAUGUCAGUGUAAUGGCCACGCAGACACAUGUGAGCCUGAUGGUAGCGGUUGCCCCUGCCAAAACAACACAGAGACCUCGUCCUGUCUCAGCAGUUCUCAAAAUGAUCGAAAAGACUGCUACAGGCAACAAUGUGCCAAAUGCAAAGACUCCUUCAAUGGCAACCCAGUGAACGGGCGUCAGUGCUACCGUCAGUUUAAUGUGGAUUCAGAGUUCUGCUUUGAUCCCACGUCCCAAACAAACUGCUUCCACGAUCCCACUAUUCGCAACCUGCCCAAGGGUCGCACCGUGUUCUUUGCUGCUCAGCCAAAGUUUACGAAUGUGGACAUCCGGGUCACCAUUGAUGUUACCUUUGGAGAAGUGGAGGUUUACGUCUCCAACUCGCAUGACACCUUUAUUGUGGAUGUGGACCGCUACACGGGGAUUCAUACUAUUAAGAUAGAGGACGAAUCAGUGAGUCGUGGGACAGCUACAGGAUCAGAUAAGGUUUCUCCUCCGUCUCCUAUAAAGAUGUUUGCCAACGCCUCGGCCAACCUGGGAGGUCCCGUGCUCUCCCACAAUCCCCUGCAGCUGCAAGCCAAACUCACGGGGGGAGAGAGAGAAAUCAGAGACGAGCGCGCUGAGGGACUCAUCUCCUACAUAACUGUGUGGAAGCCACAGACCGUGCUGAUUGUCCGAGGAGUUCGGGACCGCGUGGUCAUCACCUUCCCGCAUGAGGUGCACUCCCUGAAAUCCAGCCGCUUUUAUAUCGCUCUCAGAGGUGUGGGAACUGAUGAAAGACAGAGCGAGUCCCAGGGCCUGCUAUUUGUGCGACAGGACCAAGCCCACAUAGACCUCUUUGUCUUCUUCUCUGUUUUCUUCUCCUGCUUUUUCCUUUUCCUGUCUGUUUGUGUACUUCUGUGGAAGGUCAAGCAGUUCCUGGAUUUCCGUCGGGAGCAGCGGCGCCACAUUCAGGAGAUGACCAAAAUGGCAUCCAGACCGUUUGCUAAACUCACCAUAUACCUAGAACCGGAGGAGCCUCAGCUCAUCUAUCUACCUUCGGCUGGUGGUGGGGUGGGGGGUGGCACUGUAUCGGUUGCUCAUGCACGCACAGGCAAGUUAAGCGGAGUGGUGGUGGGCCAGAGGGGCAGAGGAGGACCUGUCUAUAAACACGACCCAGGCUCUGGACCCACAGCCCACCACCACCACCAUCAUCACCACCUCACCUUGAGUGGGGGAGGCAGCAACGGACAGCAUCUACCACUGCACUACUUAAACACCCAUCAUUAUGCCAGCACCACAGCAGGCACCCAGUCCUCUCAUCAUCACCAUCCAUCCACAUACUCUGGCUACCAGCAGUUUUGCCGCUCCGACCCUUUCCUCUCACAGCUCAUGGGCUUCUCCUACUCCUCCUUCAAAGUGGGGCCCAUCACCCUGGAGCCCACAGAGGACGGCAUGGCCGGGGUGGCCACCGUCCUGUUCCAGCUGCCUGGCGGUGUCUUGGCACCAAAUCGUGCCUGUUUGGGCUCUGCACUGGUUACCCUCCGCCAGAAUCUGCAGGAAUACUGCGGCCAUGGCAGUGGAAGCGGGCAUCCAGGGGCAGGUGCGGGACGCAAGGGUCUGCAUCAGCAUCUCACCACAAUGGCUAUGUAAGAACCCGAUCAACAGAUUAGAAUAAUGAAAUAAAGAGAUGUGGAAAGCCUGGAAAGAGUUUGGAAUAUUAUACGUUAAUUUUUAGCAAGAAUCUUAGCUGAAAGGCAAAGUCCAAAAAAAAGUUACUGUACAUCCAGUGAAAUUAGCUUUUGGAACAGAAAUGUACAUACACUGUAAAAUGAAAUAAGUGUCUUAUAUUGUAUGAUGUAUUGCUCUAUGAUAUUUCAGCGCUUCACAUGACCAUGUCAGCUGUAUCUGCAAUGCACUACAACUUCUACUUUACAAAAUAAUAUUUGUGUAUGCUAUCCUUAACAAGGUAGAACCACACUCGAGGUGGACUCUGGUUAAAAGUUAUUCGCCAGAAAACGGUUUAAAAGGAAAUUUAGAAAUAAAUGUACGCUUUGGAACCGACUUGUGAAAUACAUAGAAAAGGUGACAAUCACACAGUGUUAAAUUUUACUGCAAGAAUAAACUACAAUUUGUACAACAUAAUGUGCAUAAUGCUAAUAGUGAGCUCAGUGUAGACACAGUAUUACUUGUGAGAUGGAUAUCAAUCAAUAUUAGUGAUUUCUAACUAUAACUCAGUAUGUGGAAGGCUUCAAAGCCACUUGUUUCUGUUAAGAAUAACUCUUGGGUAUGUUUUUGCAUAUUCUCCCUCCCUUUUCUGUUACUUUAUUAGUCUUAUCUGCCUUCACUUUCUGCCUUUUCUGUGAGUCAGCUGGCUUACACUUGAAACCUUUCUGGUAAAUGUGUCUGGUGCAGCUGCUGGAGAAGGUUCAACAAUGUUCUACAUUUUGUGUCUUGUUUUGUUCUUUUAAAGAAAUGACAAAAGAUAAGGUUUUUGACAUUGGCAUCCUUGCCUUGGCUCUAAAAUUAUUUAUCAAACACUACAGGACUAGUCCAUAAUAGAUGGCAAACACUUGUUUUUGAAAGCUUUGUUUUGUUUUCUAGAUUUCAGUGACUAAAACCUAUGACUGCUAAGACAAAAUGAUUGGAAUUGCUAAGUAUAACUAGGGUUUAAAAUGUCUCUGUAAACAAGUUGUGAGAGCUUUGAGAAGGUCUGAGUGCAUUUUGAGACUGAAUCACUUAACUGUAUUGUUUUGGUGUUUAUUUGCGUUCCUUUCUGUUGUUCUCUUUGCAUUGCAUGGAGCCAGUGGCCUCGUGACCAACAUGACCCCAUUCUCCGGUAGCACGCAUUGUAAAGAAAUGAACUGACAGUGAUGCUGCCGGAUUCUUUUCAGAUCAAAUGAAAAGUGUUUUCUUUCAUCAAUUGCAAAAUAGUGAACUAAAUCUAAACCUGAGACUGUCGUUAUUUAAAGGAGCCCGUUGAAAAUAAGCAGUCGGUUUGUAUCGUGCAUGAAUUGAUUUUUUUUUUACAUGCUUCAUUUUUGUACAUAAUUUCUCCUGUGUCUGUUGUUUUGUUUUCAAAGAAAGGGAACAGUAUUGUGUAACAAGACAGUAAAGGUUCAGUGUCCUGAUUCAGCUGAAAUAAAGUCUGUCUAACGUUU